AUGGCAAAGAUCAUUCCUACGGAUGGGACGGUGGACUUCCGUGACCCACUCACUUACGAAGAGGUCCCUAAAAUAGCAGGAAGAACUAGGGCAAAUAGAUCUAGUGACAACAGUAACAACGACAACAAUAACAAUAACAGUGACAUCAUGAAUUUCGUUCGGGCAAUUACUAAUGAACUAAGAAACCAACCCAGGCGUGAAAACAACAAAGCAGAAUUAAUAGCGAAAUUUCAAAAACUCAGGCCCCAAAAAUUUUCUGGAGAACCCAAUCCCUACGUGGCUGAGGCAUGGAUAAGGCAAGUGAAGAAAAUAUUGGAGACACUAGAGAUACAGAACGAGCAGGACCAAGUGUCCCUCGCUUCAUUUCUCUUCGAUGGAGAGGCUGAUUUCUGGUGGACAAUGAUUAAGGAAAGCCGUCAAGUGGCAGAACUAUCUUGGAGACAGUUCGAGGAGUUGUUUAUGGAAAAGUACUUCCUAAACUCAGUGAGGCAAAAAAUGAUCCAAGAAUUUCUCCAACUGAAACAAGGGGGCAUGACUGUGACACAGUAUGCCAAUCGGUUUGAGGCCCUUUCUCGCCAUGCCACAACUAUAGUGGCAAAUGGAACAGACAAAGUAAGGUGGUUUGAGUGGGACUUGAUUCGGGAAUCUGAGACAAGUUGGUUGCAGUGCAGCUACCUACCUAUGCACAGGUAG